AUGCGGAUCUUUUGCCGGGGUUUACCAAUUCGCAUGCACGGUGUGCUCCUUCUUUCGCCUCAUCCGGCAAGAACCUGGUCAACAGCUCGUCUCGUACCUCGUACGGAAACGCAACCUUCAUGUUCGUGCCGAGGACAAACUGAGAUAAAGUCCAAAGCACACAUUGAAAUGACUGAACGAGACAGCUGCAGCCUCGAAACUCCGACGUGCUCGACAGCAUCUGCACGUCCUGUGCCGAAUGCAGCAAAAACUUCCAAAGACCUUGCCUUGUCUCUUAACUGCAUUCUGACGCUUAGAAAAUCUUUUUCUCAGAAGGACACAUGCGGCGAAACCACCGUAGGCAAUAGGGUAACAACGAAGCUACCUUCUACGCGCAUACACACCGGCUUUAGUCCCCACAAGGUCGACCUCUCGGCUCCCACUAUGCGCUCGCUACGCAUCGGGAGUGUGUCCAAGAACCCUCUAAAUAGAAAACCCACGAAAACAUUUGCUCCUGCAGAUUCGUUGUAG